AUGGGAAGCAAACUCUAUGUCGGGAACCUCAGUUUUGAGACAACUGCCGAGGAACUCACUUCUGUCUUUGGAGAAUAUGGCUACGUUAUCGAAUCUGUUAUCGAGAAGGACAAAAAAAUAGAUCGAAGUCGGGGCUUUGGCUUUGUCACGAUGAGCACCCCGCACGAAGCGGUAGCUGCCAUUAAUAGUCUGGAUCACUACGAGUAA